GUCAAAGUGACAAUAUGUUCUAAAUUAACCGUUACGUUUUUAACCUUCAAAUAACCACUAAAUUAUCGUGUUUUGAGUGUUAAUAAAUCAAUCUAUUUGAUAAUAUUAAAGAAACCCUUAUUGAUACUGCAAGAUUUCUGCUCUGAUCUGCCACAAAAGAUUGAUUGGCCUCCCAUAACUCCCAGCAGAAUAUACGUCACAUGCGCGUAGAAAGUUCCUCACUUCAUUCACGCAUUUUAUUUAAACUUAUCAACUUCGCCCAAGUCAAUAACAUUAUUGUGUACAAUGCAGUUUCUGAUUGGUAAACAAAAGAUUACAAAUCAGCUGCACCGUAUAUCGGUGGUGGAAUGCUAAGCUGGUUCUUUUUGAGUUUUGCGCCAUUGUUAGACGUCCCGACGGCCUGAAUUAACUGGCGUCGGACAUCGAUCUGUGCCUCUUUGCAGUGCAAGUGUCAACGUCUGGAACUACAACACACUUGUCAAAAGAACUUUUAUCAAUGGAACUAUUCAUAAACACUGAUUAUCAAUUGCACCAUGCCUCGUGAUAUUUGUUAGCUUUAAGUAAGCAACCUCCAAACAAAAUGAGCCGUUCAAAAGAAAAAGUCACCAACAUGUUCCGUAAAAUCUUCAAAUCGUCAUCCAAAGAUGGAGAAGGUCCGAGUAAACCCAGCACCUCGGGAACGGGUUCUCCAGCCAGGCGAUUACUCCGUGGUUGUCGCGAUACCGUAGCACCAGCAAACACCUCUCAAGCCAGUCCUGCCUUCUCCACCAAGUCCAAAAAGGACGAGACUCAUGCGAAGAGCGUUAGAGCAAGAAGGCUGAUGAAGGAGUUGCGCGACUUGCAGAGGUUCCAGAACUCCAAAACUGAUCCAGUGUUCACGGUAGAAUUAGUAGAGGACAACCUGUUCGAGUGGCACGUGAAACUUUACAAAAUAGACUCUGACAGUGAGUUGGGUAACGACAUGCGCGAACUAGGAGUGACCUCUAUUUUACUACAUCUCGUUUUUCCCGAAAACUUUCCUUUUGCGCCCCCUUUUAUGCGCGUUAUCUCCCCUAGGAUAGAAAAAGGCUUCGUUAUGGAAGGAGGAGCUAUCUGCAUGGAGCUGCUGACACCUCGGGGAUGGGCUAGCGCCUACACUGUCGAAGCGGUCAUCAUGCAGUUCGCAGCCAGUGUGGUGAAGGGACAGGGACGUAUUCAGAGGAAGAACAAGGGCCAAAAAGUGUUCAGUAGACGUACGGCAGAAGAAAGUUUUAGAUCGUUAGUUAAAACACAUGAUAAGUAUGGUUGGGUCACACCAAGUUUGUCUGAUGGUUGAAUUAUUAUGUAGGUAAAGAAAAGAAUCGGUAAAUGUAUUGGUUAAUAGUUUAUUUACAUUUUUAUAUUGUCCAAAUCCAACUCACAAAAUAGGCUAUUAACAUAGAUUUACCGAUUUUGUUACAACCAUGAAAUCACAGGUGAUACAAUGAAGCUUGUGUUCUUUCUAAUCAAAAGCUAACCAUAAAAUGCUUAUAUUGUUAUUCUAUAUUGUCGAAGAUUUUGUUUUAAUCGUUCAGUAGUCUUUUCUGCGAUAUUUUUAAUGUAAAGUAUGAAUACUUGCCAUUGUAUCGCUGAGGAAAAUGAUCUCAAUAACCAAUCCGUUCCGUAUUUGUGUCAAAAAGUAGAUUUGUAGGAAAAUAGGUUAGAAAGAUAAACAUUGAUAAAUUGGUCGCAAAAAUACUCUUUGUGUGUCUUUUAUCAGUUACAGAAUACAAGGAUUCAAGGAUACAUGUAUAACAUUCUUGAAAAUACAUAAAAAAAUAUUGAAGAUAUUCUGAAAAGCAUAAAUGUUUUUUUUCUGUAUUAAUGGUAUCUCCGCUACUUUUAAUUUAUGUUAAAAGUUUUUCAAAAUAUCUUCAUAUUGGAUAAUGUUGUUGCGAUAUUAAUGAACAUACAGUCUUAAAAUUGCAGCUCUUGGCACUAUUUUUGUCCACUGCUACACUUUUCUUUAUACAGGGUGUCCAGAAACUCUCCCGACAACCGAAGACAGGAGAUUCUUCAGAUAAUUUUAAGAUAAUUUAAACCAAUUCAUGUAGUCCGAAAAUGUUUCCUAAAGGAGCUUCUUCUUCAUGUACCAUGUCCUUUCAGAACGUUGGUUACCAUCAUAGCUAUCUUAAUUUUAUUCACUGCCACCCUAAAUACCAUGCUUGUAUCAACACCAUAUCAAUCUCGCAAGUUCUUCAACCAUGAGGUUCUUCUUCGUCCUGGACUGCGUUUGCCUGCUAUUUUUCCUUGCAUGAUAUUUUGUAGCAACCUAUAUUUGGGACCUCUCAUUACAUGUCCGAAAUACUCCAGCUUUCUCUGCUUGAUGCUUUUUAUGAUCUCAGUAGUCUUGCUGAGACGUUCUAGUAUUGUGGAGUUUCGAAUCUUCUUUACCCAGAAAACUUUUAAAAUUCUUCUAUAGCACCACAUUUCGAAAGCCUCAAGGCGAUUUAGAUCGGUUUUAUUCACAGUUCAGGACUCGACACCAUAAAGUAAGACCGAGAACACGUAGCAGCGAAGUAGGCGGAUCCUCAAUGCCAACUGAGCUAGAGCUAGAGGGAGCUCGAGCUCUUUAAAGAUGCGUCUUGUAAUUGAUGUUUUUUAAAAUAGCUCCAGAACGCUUCUAUUUAGAAAAACGAAAACUGGUAUGACUAUUUAUCUUCUAGAGAUAAAUCGAUUCUAUCAAUUGCGAAUGUCUAGUACCGGUCGUAGGCGUCCGUUUUGGGUAGGGCACCGGUUAUUUUAUCGCAUAAUUUAUUUGUCUUUUAACUUUUGAGUAUUUUUAACACUGGAUUAUUAAAUUCUGAGGUAUUUAAGUACUAAAAGGUACUUUUGCUUGAGGUCCAUAGGAUGCACCGUUUUUUAGAAAAAUGGAUUUGAAAGUUUUUCGUUUUCUGAAUUUGAAUAAAAAUUGAAAAAUUUUUUCAAGAUAAAACGGUGUAUUUUGUCGACUUAAUGCAAGAGUAACUUUUAAUACUCGCACACCUCAUAAUUUAAUAAUCUAAUGUCAAAAAUGCUUAAAAAUUAAAGACGAAACCUUCUUCUUGUUGCAGUACCGUCUCCUAUCGGAGGUUGGCUACCAUCACAGAAAUCUUAACUUUGUUGGCUGCAGCUCUGAACAACCGUAUUGAACUGCACCCAUACCACUCCCUUAAAUUUCGCAACCAGGAAAUCCUCCUACGUCCUACAUUUCUCUUUCCAAUAUUUUUCCUUGGAUUAUGAGUCUUAGCAGAGAGUACUUUUCUCCUCUCAUUAUGUGGCCUAGAUAUUCCAGUUUUUUCGUUUGUAUGGUUUUUAUGACUUUGCAUUCCUUCCCCAUCUUCAGAAAAACAUCUUGUUUCUUCUGUCCAUUGUAUUUUCCACAUUCUCCUGUAGCACCACAUCUCGAAUGCCUCAAUAUUUUUAAUGUUUAUCUUUUUCAGUGUCAAAGCUUCCAUGCCGUAUAGCAGAACGGAGAAAACAUAGCACCUUAACAUUUUCGUUCUUAAGUUUAUAUUUAUGUCCCGGCUGCAUAGGAACUUUCUCAUUUUGACAAACGAUUGUCUCUCUAUCUCUAUUCGCCGUUUGAUUUCUCUUGUCUGGUCAUUAGUAUCAGUGACCAAACCCCUAAAUAUUUUUAGGACGUGACUCUUUCAAGUGGUUGAUUAUUUAUGGUUAAAUUCACAUUGGUGUAUAGCUUCUUUGUUACAAUCAUGAAUUUAGUCUUAUUAAUUCAGUUUUAGACCAUACUUAUUGCUAUGAGUGUUUACGUUUUCCAUCAAAUACUGUAAAUUUGUUAGGUUAUCUGUUACUAUUAGCCUGUCAUCAGCGUAUCGUAUAUUGUUAAUCAACUCUCCGUUAAUGUUCAUACCAAUGCUUUGCUCUAGGAGCGCUUCCUGACAUAUUGUUUCGCUAUAUAUAUUGAAUAGUAGUGGAGAAAGCACACAACUCUGAUGCACACCUCGACGAAUCUCAAUUUCUUCGGUUAACUCAUUAUCAACAUUUUUGCUGUUUGUCCCCAGUACAACCUGGAUAUAAUGUUAAUGUCGCGACUGUCGAUGUUUUUGCUUCUUAGGAUUUCAUACAGCUUUUGGUGUCUGACUGUUUCGAAGGCCUUCUCAAAAUCUAUGAAACCUACUUAGAAGUCUUGGUUUACAUCCAAACAUCUUUGCAUUAACACACUCAUACCAAAAAAGGCUUCCCGUGUUUCCCGUACACUUCUGAAUCCAAACUGUGUGGCGCUUAUGUCCUCUUCUAAUUUAUUAAAUAUUCUUUUGUGAAUUAUUUUUAAAAAUACUUUUAGUGUGUGGCUGGCUCAUCAAUGCUAUCUGUUGUCUGAACGCUCUCUGGCGUUAUUCGCCUUAUUCGUCUUAUUUGGCUACAAAAGUAGAGGAGAGCCAUUUCUUUGGUAUGAUGCCUGUACUAUAAAAUUGUGUUAAAGAUGAAACCGAUAAAGCGAUAAAAUAACCGGUGACCUACGCGAAACGGAUGGCUACGACAGGUACAAGAAAUUCGCAAUUGAUAAAAUCGAUUCAUCUCUGGAAGGUAAAUAAACGUACCAGUUUUCGUUUUUCUAAAUAUGCAGAUAGUUUUUUGAUUUCUUUUUUCAAAUUCAAAAAACGAAAAAUUUUCGAAUCGAUUUUUCUAGUAACCGACUUAAAGUAAGAGUACCUUUUAGUACUAGAAUACCUCAGAGUUUAAUAGUCCAGUGUCAAAAAUACUUAAAAGUUAAAGACAAAAAAGAUAUGCAAUAAAAUACCCGUUACCCUACCCAAAACGGACACCUAUGACCGAUACUAGAAAUUCGCAAUUGAUGGAAUCGAUUGGAAUUCGAUACUCUGGAAGAAAAAUAGUAAACGUUUUCGUUUUUCUAAAUAGAAGCGUUUUGGAGCUAUUUAAAAAAAACUAAUUACAAGACGCCCUAUUUAAAGAGCUCUAGCUCCCUUAGGAAGCAUUUUCAGACUAAGUGAAUUGGGUUAAAUUAUCUUCAAAUUGUCUGAAGAAUCUCCGGCCUUCGUGUGUCGGGAGAGUUUCUGGGCACCCUGUAUAGUCCACCAUUGGCCUACUAAAAUACAUUAAGACAUUCAAGAACUGGUUCAUAUGGAAUACCCCCAAAACUACCGUCUCUACGCCUCUGGCUAUUGCGACUUAACAGUGGCGGAUACAAAAGGGAUAUCAUAAUAAUAUCGAAAUUACGUAAAUAUGUAUGUCCUUACUUGACCAAUUCGGAUUGUUUCUUUCUAAAAUGAUCAAAUUGUUAAUAUAUAAUUUUAUUAGAAGACAAUGACUGGAACAUCGAACAGGAAAAGUGGAUUUUUCAUUAAAAAAGAAAUCAAAAUUUUAUCGUACAAUGCCAUUAAACAACCAAUAAUUAUAAAUGGUUUUUCUGUUAGUAUAAUUAUUUAAUAAUUGAUUUUUUACUAUAUUAACAUUAUUUCCUCAAUCUCUUUUCCAUGUGUAAUUGUAAAAAAUUUACAUAUUUUAAACAAACAGUAUCAAUGCAUAUUAAAUUCAUUUAAAAAUUAUGACGUCAAACGAUAUACAGUCAAAAUCGUUUACAACGACACCGGCUAUAACGUACAAUUGGAUAUAACAAACAAAAUGGUAGGUCCCGUAAAAUGUCAUAUAAAAAAAGCAUUUAUAUUGUUUAUAACGAACAAAUCGGUUAGAGAAACCAUAUUUCUUGGAACACUAACAGUCGAAAUAUUGGUUACAGCGUACAUAUGUGUACCUCAGGGAAAUACAACAUCCAUUUUUUCAAUUAUGACCUUUUUAUACACUAUAUAAUAGACAAUUAUAACAAAUGCAUGAUUAAGGACCAAUUUCUCAUAUCGAGUUCAACUCCAGUUUAACCUGAACUUUUAGUGAAAGUCAGUUUAAAGUCAAAAUCGUCUUUUUCAAUUCACGUUCAACCGAUGGCAGUUUAAACUUGAACGCUGCAAUUCGGUCGUUCAAAGAUUCCAGAACCCAGUUCAGAUGAUUUCAUGGAUUACGCAUGCGUUGUAUUAACACGAAACGCUGUCCUAAUAUAAAUAUAACCUAUUUUAUUAUAUUAAGCCUUGCUAAACGAUAAUAUUAUUUUUGUUUUUAUUACAUUUAUUUAUAAUUUUUAAAAUGACUUUUUGACUAUAAAUAUGUACUUAAAUUUAACUUUAUUCAAAAACAGCAUAAAAAAGGUCGUACAAAAUGGAGAUAGUUUUUUACCUUUUGCCAUCUAUUGGCAUUUCUCGAAAGCUGUAGAACGUGCACUGACAUGAACGUGCAAUGAGAAAUACAUUCCAAACAAAACCGAAGUUCACCAGUGAACCGCGGUCCACUGAAUCAUAGAUCAAAGCAGGUAUGAGAAAUCGACCCUUAAAUGACAAUAGAUACAAUGUCCUAAUAUAAUAUUGUUUCCUCAUCUCAAUAAAUAGCUGUAGCAGUAACACUUUUUGUUGAAAAAAGUUUAAAAUUGCUUUGCCGUAAAGUUAUGAAAAUGGGCACUGUAUUGUAUCUCUCCGAGGUACCGAUAUUACCACGAAAUAAAAAGAAGGUUUUAUUAAUUUAUGGUUAUGAUGGUACAUCCGAGCAGGGUCCACUUGUAAGUCCUUUAGACACUAGACUUCCUAGGCGGGUUCAUUAUCACAAGAUUUUGUUAUAACAUAUUAUAAGUAUAGAUUAAGUUACACAUUUUUGCAUCAUAAACUUACAACGAAUUGACUGUUGCUACCAGUGUAAUAUCGUUUAUAGCAACCUGUUCGUUAUAGCAGAUAGCCGCUUACAGAGAACACUGGCUACAACGUACAAAAACCACAGUCCCCUGAAGUUCGUUAUAAACGGUUUUGACUGUAUGUAAAACGAAAAAAUGGUACCUAGGUGUGACCUAUUAUUUAUGUGUAUUAUAUGGAUGUAGAAUGUGAAGAAAGAUAACAACAUAAUCUAGCUCAUAUAUUUAGCGAUUUGUUAAGAUGUAAGAUGAGUUUCUGAGGGGACGGGUUUUAUUAUAAAUUUUCUCACAGCCCUAUAAAAAAGAAGAAUUCGAUUCCUAUUUCUCUGCUUAUAUAUUCAGUAUAUAUUUCGGUUUGUUAAACUACAAAAUAUACCAAAUAUCAAAAGACUGAACUUAUCUCCUCUCCAAUCAGUUGUAAACAUAGUUUUUAUUUUUUGUUUCGUAGUUUUCCGAAACCACUUUAUUAACUUCAUAUUAGCGAUAUUAUAAAAUAUACAGUAGACUCCCUCUGUAACGAGAACUGAAACGGCGGACUAAUUACCUCGUAAUAAGCGGAUCUCGUUAUAUCAGACAACAAUAAUAUUGUGUAUUGUGCAUACAUAUGAAUGAAUAUAUAGUUUUCUAAAACAUUAACUUCCUAUAGUGAAGCCAUUCGGAGCAAUAUAAGAUGCUAAAUAUUGUUUCCUCAACAAUAAGGCUUCGCCAUCAUAAAUUGUAAAUUUUCUUACAAUAUUCAAUAUUGGUCGAUAGAUAAACAUGACAGGAAGAAGUUUAUCAUAAGCGGUGCAUUUUAUUACAGCACUAUCCUCGAUAAACACACAGAUGUUGGGGAUUUCUGUAUACAGGCAGUUGAAGUAUUUAUUUAGCCAUUACAGCGCUAAAAACAGGUAACGAUACAUAUUAUACAAUCUUAUUUUUCCUCGUUAUAACCAAAUAUGCCUCGUUAUAGAGGUGUUACAGUUCAAUAGGAAUUUGAUGUGACAUCUAGUGUACCUCGUUAUAAGCGAAACCACGUAAUAACCGUGUUCGUUAUAGAGGGAGUCUACUGCACAUACAUUUCUUGUAAGAAAUAGAUUAGAUGUUUUGGCGUAUCUAUUUCUCCAUGUAACGUUAUCGAAUGUCUUGGAGUAGUCAACAAAGCAGAAAUAUGUUUCUAUAAUAAACUCUAGAGAUUUUUCUAUAAUUUGACGAAUAUUAAGAUUGUGGUCUCGUAUUCCCCUACGUGAGGAAUAUUUCACUGAUCAUGGUGAGGAAUAUUUUGUCCUCAUAGAAUAAUAAUGCUACUGUACGGUAAUUGUUGCAAUCUGUCGGUGAACCUUUUUUAUACAUAGGAAUAAAAUUGAGCUUUCCCCAAUCACUUGGCCUGUUUCCGGUUCUAAGUUACUUAGUGUCUCAGCUGUUAUUCUGCCCCUGUAUCUUCCUCUUUUGCUUUUUCAGAAAUUUAGAUUUUUUAUAGUCGCUUUAAUUUCUGAUUUCAGUAUUUGUAGUUUCUUUUCAGAAAUACUUUUCUCUGUAUUAUUAUCUGCAUAUUACAGCAGACAGUGUUUACUCUAUAAUGGGACAGCAAAGGAUCAGCCUGGGCAGGAUUUUUGAAAUUAAAAUGGGUCCUAAAGAAUAAAAAAUACAAUAAUACUUAAAAACAAUAGUGUUUGACCAGUGCAUACUCCCAAUUCUCACAUACGCAUGCCAAACAUGGAUCUUGACCAAGGCAAACAUCGAUAAAAUAAUGAAGACACAAAGAGUCAUGGAGAGAGCAAUGUUAGGAGUAAAAUUAAUAGACAAAAAGCAAAACAACUGGGCAAGAAAUAAAACAAAAGUCAAAGACGCAGGACACCAUAUAGCCAGGUUAAAAUGGAGCUUUGCAGGUCGUAACGCUAGACAAACGGACAAUAGGUGGAAUACCACGAUACAACAAUGGAAAACAUGGACAGGAAAGAAAGCAAGAUGGACGACCCCAGAUGAGAUGGAGAGACGACAUUAAAAAGAUAGGAGGAACGCACUGGAAACAGAAAGCACUAAACAGAAGCGAAUGGAUGAAACUGGGGAAGCCUAUGUUCAAAAUUGGACAAAUUAAAGGGCAAAAGACAAGAAAAUUUUAUCAGAAACUGAACAAAAGCAGAAAAGACUUCAAACCGAGAACGACGAUGUGUAGAGAUAAGGAAGGUAAUAUAUUGACAGAAUAGCAAGAGA